AGCAGACACUAAUAUGUCGGCCUAGAUUUGUUUAACUCGUGUCUUAACACAAUUAUUCCGUCCAAAAUAUGUCAACUCAAGAAGUAAAAGUAAAAGUUGUUGUUAGAGCUCGUCCCUUGCUUCCGAAGGAAAAAUUGGCUGGUGAACAAUCCUGUCUGAAGAUUGAUUCACCAAAUCGUAUAGUUGUAGGAAGAAAAGAGAGUUACAAUUUUGAUCGAGUUUUUCUUCCAAGAGCCACUCAACAAGAAGUUUACGAUUAUACCGUAAAACCUCUCCUAAUAAAAUGUCUUGAAGGCUAUAAUGUUACUGUAUUUUCCUAUGGCCCAACUGGCUCUGGAAAGACCUAUACGAUAGGUGGCUAUUCUUCAACGCAAGGAGAGGAUGAGCGAGGUUUAAUUCCUCGAGUUGCUGAAGAUAUUUUUAUCAAAAUAAAUGAAAUAAAAGGUCGUAAAAUAUCAAUUAAAAUAUCAUAUCUCGAAAUUUAUAAAGAAGAAUUACGCGACCUCCUCGAUUCUUCAAUGGUAAAAGAUAUACUAAUUCAAGAAGAUGACAAAGGAUCAACUAUCAUUAAAAAUAAUAAAGAAGUUUCUUGUAAAUCAGCAGCAGAGAUGGUAAACUUGCUUGAAGAGGGUGAACGCAAUCGGCAAAUAGGUGCUACUUCUUUGAACGAAAUGAGCAGUCGAUCUCAUGCCAUCUAUAUUGCUACUCUAACUCAAACAUGGAGUAAUCAGAUUUUGAACGAUGGAGAUGAAAGUCGAAUGGAGCAUACAUUAGAAUCGAAAUUUCAUUUUGUCGAUCUAGCCGGUUCAGAAGGACCUCGUAAAAUGGAGCUCUCCGCUGAGAAAAUGAAAGAAUCCAUCUUUAUAAAUAGUGGACUCUCUAGACUUAGUAAAGUCAUCACGGCGUUAACAGAUAAAAAUUCGUCCCAUGUCCCUUAUAGGGAUUCAAAGAUUACACGCAUUUUGAAAGAUUCGCUCGGUGGAAAAGCUCAAACAGUUAUGAUUUGUUGCAUUAACUCAUCAUCUAAAAACAUGGAUGAAUCAUUAAAAGCUUUGAACUAUGCAGCCAGGGCUGCAAAAAUAAAAAACAAACCUGUUAUUAAUAAAGAUGCCCGAACAGUUAAGAUUGAAGAAAUGGAAAGUGAAAUAAAGCUCUUGAAAGAAAAACUGUUCAAACAACAAACGUCGUUUACAGAGGCGUCUUCCGUUGACGAUCAAUACGUUUCAAAGUUGGAGAGGGAUGUUUCAAAUUUAAGAGAUAUUUGUAAAAAAGCCUAUCAAGCGAUUACAACCUUUUCCAACGAUCCAUCAUUUGACAAUUCUUCAAUUAAAUUGGCCCAGGAAUGGCUUGAAUCAUACGAAGAAGUAAAAUGUAAAGAUUUUGAUGACCCAAUGGUUCAUGAUUUGAAGGCGGAAAUCAACAGACUUGAAAAAAUUGUCAGAACUGAUGAGAAACUCUUCGCUAAUAAAGUUUCAGAAUUCGACGAAUUAAAUGAGCGUAUUAAGCUUUUGGAGGUAGAAAACAUGAAACUGCUGAAAGAAAAAGAAAAUAUAUCUUCUCAAUUGCAUGAACAAGUUUUAAGCAAACAUCCUGUUGACCUUGUUGAAUUUUUAGAUAAAAAUGCAAGCCAGAGCCAAGCUUUUUAUAGGGCGCAAUCCGUACCAGCACAAAGACUAGCGCAAGCAGGAGGAAACCGACGAGUAAAUACAAGUCCUAACUUGCACACAACAAGAAUAUUCGAAGGCUUCUGCGUUCGUAGUCAGAUUUUGUUGAGUAGAGUCGAAGAUGAGGAUGAUGUGAGACAGCCUGAAUUUGAUGAAGAUGACAAUAAUCCUCAGACGCCAAUCAGCAGCAAUUUUGAACGUCACGGUCGCUCCCGAAGCACAUUCAAAGUAACAAAGCCGAAGAACAUUCGAAAUGUUGCAUCCAAAAUACCAACUGCUAUGAAAAGGGGCUCAGGAGAUAAUGAAGCCGAAAAAGAAAUUAAUAAAAUUAAAAUGUCAUACGCAGAAAGAAAAAGGAGAAUUAAUGUUAGCGAUAAGGAAGUUACUACAUCAACUAAGUUAUUGAAAGAUAUUGCGACGGCUAUUGAUUUAAAAAAGGAUUUAAUUAAAUUCAUGAAGGGGGCUCAAGAAGUUUCACGAAGUAGAAGAGAUUUCGUUGAAAUGAAACUCGAAGCCUUAGUCGAGGAAAGAGAUCAAUUAAUCUUUGAUACUAAAUUAUACGAAAAAGAAUUUAAAGAGCUAAACUUGGAAGAACAAGCAUCGAAACAAUCUUCAAAGAAAAAUGACAUCUUGGACAAAAUAAAGGGUCUCACUAAGAAACGUCAAGAUUUUGAUGAUGCCCUAAAAAUAGCUAUUAAUCGGAAAAAUAAAAUGGAAACACUAGAAAGUACGGUUCUUAAAAUGACCUCGGAACAACACAAUUUAAAACAGCAUGUCCAAAAUGAAAGAGAAAUAAGAAGAAAGAUUAUGGAUGAGCUUAUGGCUGAUGAAAAACGUUUAAAGGAAUUAGAAAAAAAAGUAGGCAAGACCAUCGAAGAUCCCUUGGCGAGAAACGGCAGAGUUUUGGAAAAAAUGCAUUGGUUAGACUUUUGCGCUCGUGAGGUUGUUGCUCAAAAGAAAAGAGAAGAUGAUUUACUUGCUGAAAUAAUCGAUCGUGAUAAUAUGAUAGCCAAGAGAGAGAGUCUCUUGACUGAGAAAGGAGAAUUAGAAUUGAAAAAGAUGCGUCAUAAAGCCAUUGAUCAGGUUGUUUUGAUAAAUGUUGUCUUAUUUUUACUUAACGGUUUACACAUUGAUGAUGCAAUAUCGGCGAUUGACUCUACUUUAGCGUAUAAAGAUGAAAUGAUUGAAAAUCAUAAAGUAAAAAUUAACAAAUGGAAGUCAAACUGGUCCGAGAAAACUCUACAAAGUAGAUUAGGCGAUCUUAACAUGGAAGAAUCAAAAUAUUUGUUACGGUAUUAUUUUGAAAGAGUUAUAUUUUUAUUACAAAAGCUAGACUGGCUUCAUAACAACAAUGAACAUAUGAGCAUAAAGAUUGAAGAGUUAGAAGAAGGGAAAAUUUUGAAAGAAGGUCAACUUCAAGCUUUAAUUAUUGAAACAGAGAAGAAGCUAACAAAGAUACAGAAAGAUUAUGAAAUUGAAAUUUCAGUUUUAAAAAGGCAAAUGAAUAGUGAAUUGGAAAAAGCUAUGAAAUACGAGGAAAAAUUAAAAAAUGUUAUGGGUGAUCUUUAUUACUAUAAACAACUAAGUCGGCAAUAUCGGAAGAAAUAUGGUGAAGUCAAGUUAACUGAUAGUCUUGGAGAGGAACAAAAAUCCGUUCGAGUAUCAAAAAAGAAUGUGCGACAGCUGAAUGACGCAGAAAUUAAACUUCGCAGAUCUUCAGCCAAUUCGAUUGACGAUGUUUAG